GCCACCCGAUAUAUAUAUGUGAAGCCACCGCCUUUAUUUUGGAGCCAUUCGUCUUCAUUUUCCGAAAUUUCAGACAAAAAUUUCUUCUAGGUGAUUUCUCUUCCUCAGAUUAUUCGCCUCUUUCUCUCUGUUAAGUUCAACGAAAUCCCACUUCUUAAUCCGUUGAAAUCUCUCUGGUUUGCAUAUGGUUUUAGAAGCUAGUACGUUGUUUUCAGAUUUCAUUUUGCCGAUCGAUCAUCAUUCUUAAAUUCUUCAUUAUGAAUACUCUUACUUUCCUUGGGUAUUCAACAAUGAAACCCAUGUGUAGAAACUUGCCUAGUUGUCGAUGUUCGGCGUUUUUCGGUUUCUCAUCUGUUAAACGCUUCCAUAGUUUAGCUAAUAGAGGUGGUGAUUCAUCCAAGUUAUGCCUUAAUUUUGAGCAUAACUGUCAAUUCCAAGCCAGCCGUUUUCGUGUCUUGGGAUUUAAACGUGCUGCAGAUGAUACCCACAAAAUUUUUCGGGUACCCAUUUGGAGUUUUGGCCAAUCUAGGGUUGUAUCAAGGUCUUAUAGUGUUGGUGCAUAUAGGGAUGUAUCAAUUAUUGCAAGCGUUGCUUCAAAGGUUCGAACUUUGUCAACUUCGGUUGAGACCCGUGUGAAUGAGAACAACUUUGAGAGGAUAUAUGUUCAGGGUGGUAUUAAUGUGAGGCCUUUGGUAGUUGAAAGAAUUGAUAAGGAUGAGAAUAUUGUAGGAGUGGAAGAUAGGAUUGAAGCUGGUGAUGAAAAAGUGAGUCAACAAAGUUUGAAUGAAGCUGAAGCUUUGAGUCUUAAGAGGGAGGAAAAUGAUAUUGAGAAGGAGGCUUGGAAAUUGUUGCGUGAUGCGGUUGUUACGUAUUGUGGUAGUCCUGUGGGGACUAUGGCUGCAAAUGAUCCGAAUGACAAGCUACCGUUGAAUUACGAUCAGGUUUUUAUUCGUGAUUUUGUUCCUUCGGCCCUGGCUUUCUUGCUUAAGGGAGAAGGUGAAAUUGUGAGGAACUUCCUUCUUCAUACCUUGCAAUUGCAGAGCUGGGAAAAAACAGUUGACUGCUACAGUCCUGGACAGGGCUUGAUGCCUGCAAGUUUUAAAGUUAGAACUGUGCCCCUUGAUGAAAAUAAGUCCGAAGAAGUUCUAGAUCCAGAUUUUGGUGAAUCAGCUAUUGGCCGUGUUGCACCUGUAGAUUCUGGGUUAUGGUGGAUUAUUCUAUUGCGGGCUUAUGGAAAAAUCACUGGUGAUUAUACUCUACAAGAGAGGGUGGACGUUCAGACUGGCCUAAAAAUGAUUCUGAACUUGUGUUUAACAGAUGGAUUUGAUAUGUUUCCUUCUCUGUUAGUGACUGAUGGAUCCUGCAUGAUAGACCGGCGGAUGGGUAUUCAUGGUCAUCCUCUUGAGAUCCAAGCUUUAUUUUACUCAGCUCUACGAUGCUCUCGUGAAAUGCUUGCUGUAAAUGAUGGAUCCAAGAAUUUGGUGAGGGCCAUAAACAACAGACUCAGUGCUCUGUCUUUCCAUAUUAGAGAAUACUAUUGGGUCGAUAUGAAAAAGAUCAAUGAGAUCUAUCGAUAUAAAACAGAAGAGUACUCUACAGAUGCCAUCAACAAGUUCAACAUCUACCCUGAACAAAUCCCUUCGUGGCUAAUGGAUUGGAUUCCAGAGGAAGGUGGGUAUCUUAUAGGCAAUCUACAGCCAGCUCACAUGGAUUUUAGGUUUUUCAUGCUUGGAAAUCUUUGGUCCAUUGUUUCAUCUCUGGGUACUCCAAAGCAAAAUGCAGCCAUAUUAAAUAUGAUAGAAGCCAAAUGGGAUGAUCUUGUGGGGCAUAUGCCACUUAAAAUAUGUUACCCUGCCUUAGAGUAUGAGGAGUGGCGUAUAACUACUGGAAGUGACCCAAAGAACACCCCUUGGUCAUAUCAUAAUGGCGGAUCUUGGCCAACACUUCUGUGGCAGUUCACUUUGGCAUGUGUCAAGAUGGGAAGGUCAGAUUUAGCUCAAAAGGCAGUUGCUUUGGCUGAGAAGAGGCUUCCACAUGACCAUUGGCCUGAAUACUAUGACACCAGAACAGGGAAGUUUAUUGGAAAACAAUCGCGACUUUACCAAACAUGGACGAUUGCUGGGUUCCUUGCGUCCAAAAUGCUCUUGGAGAAUCCAGAGAUGGCAUCCUUGUUAUUCUGGGAGGAGGAUUAUGAGCUUCUUGAGAUUUGUGUUUGUGCACUUAGCAAGAGCGGCAGGAAAAAAUGCUCAAGAGUUGCUGCCAGGUCUCAGAUUCUUGUGUGAUUGAGUAAUGAGACUCCAUUCUUUCAAAGGCACAAUGCCUUUAUACUGUACAGCUACGACUUUUAGGAUAGGUACUAAAAUGUUUUAAAACAAUUUUCGAAGUGUAUCAUAAAGAAUUCGUUUUACACAUCCUUGUAUUGUCUGUAGUCCUUAUCCACCUCUUUAGGGAUUGGUGUGUAAAUUUUUUUUUUUUUUCUCACACGCAUAUCCUUCCGGAUCAACUCCAGAUUUUAGUUCUUGAUAAAAGAAAAAUCACUUGUAGUAUAAUAAUUCCUUGUGGUGUCCGAUUAAUUAGUUUUGUUGAUCAGUGUCUGUCAUCUGUAUGUAUAUUUAUUAUCACUAUUUUGGAUCCUUUAUGACGUGAAUAUAUUUGAAUAUAUAAUAAGGAGGGAACUUUUACUCCCUUUUUCUUUUUUCUUUUUUGUAAA